CACAACAUAUCCUCUCAGGUUACUGACGAUGUUUUAAAAUUGAAAAACAGCAGAGUUUCUAAUCAGCGGUGAGCUGGGAGGACAUCUGAGGGAGCCACGGUAACAUCAAACUGUUGGACUAUAUCUUUAAAUAUUUGUUUUGGGAGUCAGGUGUUCCAGGAAGUAGACGGCCCCAAUUGAUAUAAAAGUGGUGAGCCUGCCUACCUGACAUCCUGCCUCUUCUUCCCCCAAGCUGCCCCGCCACGCGCUGUCCUGAUUGGGUCUCUGUGCUGCCGGCGGUGGAUUGGAGCACUCUGAUUGAAGGCUUUGUGAGGUGGUUUUUCGGUCUGGCGCCGCCUCCCCCCGGGGCCGGUGUGCGCUCCCAGCAGCCCGUGGUGCCCUGCGCCCCCCCCUCCCCGUCACUGCACACCAGAGCCAAUGCCCAAGGAGGAGGCACGGUGCGUCCGCCAGGAGCCAUGUGCCUCCCUCACACCAACAACAUGGACAACAAGUUACAGGGGGCGGCACAGGGGGGAGGGGCUGCACUGCGACCACGGGCAGGAGGCGUUCCACUGGAGCCUUUCAUACACCAGGUGGGGGGUCACACCAGUAUGAUGCGCUACGAUGACCACACGGUGUGUAAGCCUCUGAUCAGCAGAGAGCAGCGCUUCUACGAGUCCCUCCCUCCAGAGAUGAAGGAGUUCACCCCAGAAUAUAAAGGUGUGGUGAUGGUUUGUUUCGAAAGCGACUCUGACGGCUACAUCAACCUGGUGGCCUACCCCUACGUGGAGAGCAACACAGAGGGAGGGGCCGCGGAGCACGAGGAGCGCGACCUCCCAGAGAGGGAGCAGCCGAGGAGGAAACACUCGCGGCGCAGCCUCCAUCGCUCCUCCUCGGCCUCCGAACACAAGGAGGAGCGGCCCGACAGGAGGGAGGCACACGACACCGACACUUCUGACAG